AUGUCGGCGACGGGCAACAAAGUCUUUGCUCCCGCCAUCUUCUUCAUCGCUGCGCGAGAGGCUCUCGAAGCGUCUCUCGUCAUCGGCAUCCUCUCUGGUAUGCUGGAGAACCUCGUCAUGCACACCAAGUCUGCUCAAGACCUUGCCCUUCACGAUUCGCUGAGCGAGUCUGAGAGGCAAGAGGCGGAACGAAAGAAACGGGCUCUCGUGAGGAAGCUGCGAAAGAUCGUACUGCUGGGAGCAUUGACCGGACUCUUGAUCGCAUUCGCCAUCGGUGCCGCCUUCCUCGCCGUCUUCUACACCCAAGUCAACGACCUUUACGGUAAAGCAGAGGAACUCUGGGAAGGCAUCUUCAACCUCGUCGCCGUUCUGCUCAUCACUCCCAUGUCACUUGCGAUCCUUCGCGCGGGUAACAGCAAGCGCAAAUGGAAGCGCAAGCUCGAGGACGCCUUCAGCCAUCGAAACAUCCAACCCAGCAGGAGUCGGGACGAAGAGGGAGAAUCUACUGCUGUCAAUGCCGUGCCUUUGGAGGAUGAUAUAUCGUCGUCAUCGCGGGACCAGCAGCAGCAACAGGAGGAGGAGAGCGGGACCAAGACGACAAGGACGGAAAAGUUGAACCCGUUGGAGGCUGUUGAUGUCGUGCCUUCGAUGGAUGGUCAACAGCGUCAACGUCGUGGUCUUCGCGGAUUGUUUUCCAAACCUUCCGGUGCGGUGUCCGAUUUGAAGCUGCGAAUGAACCGCGGAACGCUCGCGCUGUUCACCAUCCCCCUCAUCACCACUCUUCGAGAAGGUCUCGAAGGAGUCGUCUUCAUCGGAGGUGUAUCGCUCGGUCUCCCUGCAACGUCCAUUCCGCUUCCCGCCAUCGUCGGCCUCGCCGUAGGUCUAGGCAUCGGUUUCCUCAUCUUCCGAUCUGGCAACUUGAUUUCGGUGCGCAUCUUCCUCGUCUUCUCCACGUGUUUCCUGCUCCUCAUCGCUUCCGGCAUGGCUUCGCGCGCAGUGUACUAUCUUCAGUUCUACGCGUAUGUUCGACUGGUCGGUGAUAGCGCGGCUGAAUCGGGCGACGGUCCUGGUUCGUACAACUCGCAGGGUUACAUAUGGCACUUCAACUGCUGCAAUCCAGAGGCGAACAAGGGCGGUACCGGUUGGGGCAUCUUGAACUCGUUGGUCGGGUGGAACAAUACCGCAACGUAUGGUUCGGUGUUUAUGUAUGUCGGGUACUGGGUGGUGGUGGCUGGAUAUCUGUGGUAUCAGAUUUGGAAGGAGGGCAGGCUGGCGCUCAGGUGGAGUGGCAAGACGUAUUGGGAGUCGAAGAGGUCGGUGGAUGUGAGACAGAGGAAGCAGGAGAGAGAGCACCGACGUACUCUCAGGGAGCAGGAGAGCGAACAGAGCCAAGAGGACAAGCGGGUGCAGUCGGCUCAGGCUGGUCCAAGCACUCUUCAAGCCUGA